UUAACCUGACUUACAAAUACUAGAUACAGAAACUAGGACAUAAAAUAAAAUAUGGAAAACUGCUUGCAGGUUAAGCUAUGGGGUCAACAUAUCUUGAUACAAACCAUUUUGAACCGAGCAAAUACUGAGCUCCGGAAAUACGCGUUAAGGUGGGAGCCUUCGUUCUCUUUUGUUAUCACUUCUGGCGCAAUACUAAAAUGUAUUACGGAUAUGAGAACUAAUAACAGGGUUCUGAGCCUGGGCGUGUAGCGAUCUGCGCGCUACUGUGUCGGAGAGAGAAAAGCGUGGGCGAGAUGACUGAGAAAAAUGCCUUUAUGAACCAAGCCGCGGGUUAACCUCCACAGGCAGAGCUUUUCAUUUUUUUUUUUUUUUGCAACGUGUGGAGAAACGGCUUGAGACAAGGGAGGUCGGCCUAAAGUCGAUGAUUGACACGCAGAACGCUAGAGAAAGGGAGCGACUCACACACGCACGUCAGAAGUACCCAAGCCGCAGCUACUCCCGCUGCCUCCGCUGGGGCCUCUUUUCCCCUCAUCCCAGUCUGCUUCAGAGCCGCUUCGUCGUCUUUCACCCUAGCCCCGAGUUCCGCUCGCUUCCCCUCGUCCCCCAGAGUUGUCUCGGCCAGGCUGGCUGUUCCUUAUCCUGUGUCUUGCAGGCCGCCUCAGGGUGGAGAGAGAUACAAUGAGUUGGAUUCCUAAGCACAUUUUGUUAUGGACUCUCCUGCAUAGUACGGCUCACCCGCUGGGACGGGAAACAGCUGAAUAUCGUGAACAUAACUUCUUUAGUGGUGGAUUCAAAAUGGGGAAACUAUGCAAAUUUUGUGAUGUUAGAUUGACAACAUGUACCAACGAAGGUCAUUGUUGCAGUAACUGCAACAUCACUUCUAUUUGUUCAAAGAAAAAUGAAAUCUGUGCAGCUGUUUGGAGAAAGAAUAAUGGGAACAUAACCCUAGAAACAAUAUGCCAUGAUCCUACAAUAGAGCUCCACGGUUACAAAUUGGAUGAUUUCAAUUCGAAGAAAUGCAUAAUGAAAGAGAAGAAAGGAGCUGGAGGACUGUUAUAUAUGUGUUCCUGCAAAGAUGAUGAAUGCAAUGAUGAAAUUAUUUUUUCAGAAAAUACCACCUCAAGUACAGAAGUAAAAUACGUGAUUGCUUUGGUCGCAGUUAUAUGCCUUGUCCCAUUGCUGGUGAUUGCCAUUGCUGUGAUCAUUAUCUUUUACUUCUACCGUGUUCAGAGGAGGAGGAAACUCAACAAGGCAUGGGAGAAAAAUGUGAAAUCCAGGAAGCACAAAGACUGUAGUGAUGUUUGUGCCAUUAUGCUGGAUGAUGAUCGUUCUGACAUCAGUUCUACUUGUGCUAAUAAUAUUAACCAUAACACCGAAUUGCUGCCUAUUGAAUUGGACACUUUGGUAGGCAAAGGGCGAUUUGCAGAAGUCUAUAAGGCUAAACUGAAACAAAACACAUCAGAACAGUUUGAAACUGUGGCUGUCAAGAUCUUCUCCUAUGAAGAAUAUGCCUCCUGGAAGACUGAGAAAGAUAUCUUUUCUGACAUAAAUCUAAAACAUGAGAACAUCCUACAGUUCCUUACAGCAGAGGAGCGCAAGACAGAUCUAGGCAAACAGUACUGGUUGAUCACUGCUUUCCAUUCAAGAGGCAACUUGCAGGAAUAUCUCAUAAAACACAUCAUUAGUUGGGAGGAUCUCUGGAAACUGGGUGGCUCUUUGGCUCGCGGGAUUGCCCACCUUCAUAGUGAUCACACACCAUGUGGCCGGCCCAAGACGCCAAUUGUCCACAGAGACUUGAAGAGUUCUAAUAUCCUGGUAAAGAAUGACCUGGCUUGCUGUCUCUGUGACUUUGGAUUAUCCUUAAAGUUGGAUCCUACUCUCUCUGUUGAUGACCUGGCUAAUAGUGGGCAGGUUGGUACAGCAAGAUACAUGGCUCCUGAAGUCCUGGAAUCCAGAAUGAACUUGGAUAAUGUUGAAUCCUUUAAGCAGACUGAUGUGUAUUCCAUGGCUUUGGUUCUGUGGGAAAUGACAUCUCGUUGCAAUGGUGUUGGAGUAGAGGUGAAAGACUAUGAGCCACCAUUUGGUUCAAAAGUACGAGAACAUCCUUGUGUAGAAAGCAUGAAGGACAAUGUUUUGAGGGACAGAGGACGGCCUGAGAUUCCUAGUUCAUGGCUCAACCAUCAGGGUAUCCAGAAGGUGUGCGAGACUAUUGUUGAGUGUUGGGACCAUGAUCCUGAGGCCCGGCUGACGGCACAGUGCGUAGCUGAGAGGUUCAAUGAUUUUGAUUAUCAAGAUGGACUCUCGGGAAGAAGCAGCUCAGAAGAGAAGAUCCCUGAAGAAAACUCUGGCAACAGCACCAAGUAACAGCUGGCAAGACCAGAGGAAUUCUCCCUUUGAGGUUCCCUGGGCUCAACCUUGGAAUAAGAAGGAAUCUUUACCAUCGGACCCACCUUCUGUGACUCUCUGAAGAGCUGCUUUUUCUUCCAUCCUGCAGCUCCAGAGACCAAGGAAUGACUUUAUGGGGCAACCGUAAUGGGCCACGUGCCAUGGCAUAGUAGUCGCUUCCUUAAGUGUGCCAUAAGAUAAGUUAUGUUGGUGCUUCCUGAGAAAAUAGGACUAUAUUAUCAUGCCAAUAACAGUUGCACUUUAUCAAGGUUUGUAUAUAAAACUAUGGAAGAUCAAUGCUAGAUACACAUACACAAAGCUGUACAGAGUCUUCCAGGAAACUUCUAAUAGAUAGAAAAUUGCAAAUGUUUGCUAAAAUACUGGCAGCACUAUUGCUUUAUUCACCUCACUCAAACCAUAAAAAACUGUAAGUAACUACACUACAAAUGCUUUCAAUUGCUGCACCUUUUUUUUUUUCAGAUGAGGGGCAAAAAAACCAAAUAGCAACUGGAUAUAUUUGAGCUUUUUUUUUAAAAAAAUGACAUUAUGCAAUGGUAUUCAGCUGGUUCCUGAAUGUUUAAUGUUUAGAAUUUAUGGAUUAUUGGACCAUUCCCAGUCAGGAAUUUUGGUUUUCUUUGUUUUUCUCUUCAAACAUAGAAUUUGCAAAGAUUUUCUUUUUUGUUGUUCUUUAAUGUCAACAAACAAUUAUUAAUACCUCUCCCCUCCUUUCAACUUGUACUUCAUGUUUUCAGCCUUCAUACUGACUACAGGUUCCCCCCCCCCCCCGUCUUCCCCCUGGAAUUGAGAAGCACCAAUUAUAAUUGCAACAGAUGUUUUGCAUUUGCCAUGCAUUCUGGAAAAAGUAGAUUCCUCCUCUUUUCCUCCAUCCCUUUUGGAUCAAUAACAUCAUGUCUAGUUCCUUAAGCUCUUAAAUUCACACUUGAUUUUGUGCCCAGAAGGAAUAGCAGAUGAAUUCCUUCCUGAGUAUCUGGAUUUCUAUGAUACUUUGGCAAAAAUUUGCUCCGAACUCUGGGCACACACUGCUUUUGGUUCUUGUAACAUACAUCGUAGCCAACCCUGCUUGCAGUCAAUGCUUGGAAAUGCUAUACAUUCCUAAACUGAUCCCCACAGGCAAGGCUUACGUUGUUUUAAUCUUCCAAAAUAUUUAGAAUUGGGGCUGGCUUCAUCAGGAAUUUUAAAUGGCGGGAUUUGAAUUGUUUUGUGUUUUCUUGCAAGAAAUGCCUUCUCCAACCUAGUGCCCUCCAGAUGUAUUGAACUGCAAACCUGUGAUAACAGUUGGAGUCCAACAGAACACUGGGAUGGGGAUAUUUCUGGUAAUGGGUCAUUUUUGAAAGUUAGCUACUAUUUUGUAACAGGAGGCAUUCUUUCCUUUCUUUUUUCAUUUCAUUAAAAUUAGUCCAUGCCAGUCAGAAACAAUCCUUCUAAGUUGAAAGAUAUAUUACAAGUGCAAUUCUUUUUCAUGUAGGAGAUAGGUGAUUUUUCUGAGAGUUCCUAUUUUGUGUAUUCAAUAGGAAAGAAAAGAUAUAUUCAUAUAGGAAUUUUUAAAACUUUAUGGAGAAAAAUAUUUAUUUUUUAAAAAAAAUUCUGCGUCUGCCUUUUGUGUUAAAUGUUUUAUAAAUAUUUAAGCAUUAAGUGGGCAGAGACUGAAUAAAAAGAAACCAGAUUUUAAAGUAACAGGAAAUAUACUAAACUGGAGUUACUAGUAAGGUAGAUUUAGAAAAGUGUAAUGUUGAAUAGUGAUGGGAUCUGAUGACCUCUCGUGGUGGUUGCCUAGAAUGGCAGCAUGAAAAACAGCUGCACAGAAAAUAAAAAUGAACUUUCUUUCAAACCGGAAAGGAGGGUACAUCCUGUGCUGCAUACCUAAAUUGCUAAUUUUAGAGCCUACUUUAAAUGUUACUGUAUAUUGCUACUGUUUACCUCAUUUGUUUAGGUGUUCAGCCUGAAGGCCUUGAGUGCAAAUCCCUGAAGUUGUCACUCUUCUAAAAUUGUCACCAAAUAGUAUUGUUUGAAAAGAUGGAAUGGAUGGACUGUAAAACAUGUUGAAGAUAAAUAAUUUUACUUCAGUGUAUCCUAACUAAGGCAACUUUAAGGGAUAUGGACUCCAGGAUUCCCCAACCUGAUCUGCCCCUCUUAAAACGGAUGAAGGUGUUUUUUUUUUAAUGAGGUGCAUUGAUCUAAAAAGAGGAUUAGACAAAAUUAUGGGAAAAAAAUCUAUUAAUGGAGAGUCAUGGCUAUAUGUUAUUUCAGGAUUUAGAAGAAUUUUAAAAAUCAUUUGCUGGUGAGUCAUAGUGCAGAAAGGAAGCUGCUUUCUUUGAGGAUUUCUUUGAAGCAACCAAUUCAAUCAAAAAAUAAGAACAGCAUGGUAGGCUUUCAUAAGACAAUUAGCCUUAUAUAGAAGCCAUCCACUUCCAGACCUAUCUGCUUAGGAGAUUCAAGUAAGGUCAGUAUUUAAAUUGGCAACAUAACAUGCCUAGGUCUUCCCACUGAAACUGGGUUGUGUUUGUCUGUCAUGCACUGGCAAAAAACAGAGAGAGCACUCAACUCCUGACAAUCCUUUAUCUUUUUUUGUAUUAGUUCAUUUAAAGAGAUUUUUUUUAAAUGAAUUUUUCAUGAAAAACUUAAAAGUACAAUAUAUAUGAAAAGAGAAAUGUUUGCAUAUCUAAACUCUUUAUCAGAUUUUUUUCAAGUACUUAAUCAUAUUUUUGUAUAAAUAAAAUAUUGUACCCAA